UGCGCCGACCUAAGCGGCCCUCUAUUGUUUGCUCGCUGUAAAGUUCUCUAGAAUGCAGUUGCCUUCCGCACGUGUUUCUUGGGGCGUUUACCGAUGAAUGACAAGAAUUUUCGGCGCAAUAUAUCAACGAAUUAUAUCAACAAUAGUGGAGAGAAGAGCAUUCAAUGUCAUAGUGAAUUGGUUGAACCACAGUCCUGAAAAACUACUCCAAAUCAAGUAAACUAUAGUCCAAGGUGGACAAAACGGUAGGAAUAGACAUGGGAAAAACCAAACCUGUAAAUCUCCCCUUGCACAAGUGUGACUUGUGCGAGUUUGCCACCAAGAACAUCUAUAUCUUUAAACGGCACAGAGUAAGAUGCAAAAAGGAAAGGAAAAAAACAAAGGGCAAAGCGAAGACGACAAUUCCCAUGUUUGCUUCAGCUGCAACUGCUAAAGGAAUCACCAUUUCAAGGAUACGACCCAAGGACUCUGAUGGUCAGUCUUCUUCCAAACCAGACAGAAAGGGCAGCGUGAACCCUAGCCCAGCUGUCCCAGGGAAAGCUAAGAACAGGAGUUAUUUCUGUACAGAUUGUGGAUUUAGCACCGGAAAGUCUAAAGCUUUUUUGUUUCACCAAGUUGAGGUUCACAGUUAUGUGCAGAGCAUAUUUGCUUGUUCCUAUUGUGAAUAUUGCUCAAGAUUUAAGCAGAAAAUCAAGAAACAUGUCCAGAUGGUGCACAAGACAGACAUAGACUCUGCGGACAUUGUGACUUUGUAUGAGGGGAAAAGUGGCAGAUCCUCUUUACCGAAAUCCCUGUCCAGUGGAUCCCGAGACUCACUGGAGGGUCCCCCCACCAUGGUCAAACCAAGCAGGAGCAGUAAGGUUAUACCAGUGUCUAAAGGGAAUGUCAGGUCCACGGGGGAUGGGGACAACAACAUUCAGGAAGUGGUCAGCUCCACCGGGCACGUCAACUUUAAAUGUAGGAAGUGUGCUUUCAGUAACCCAGAUAGGAGCUAUGUGCAACAGCAUGUCAAUUCCAGUCAUUUGAAUGCAAAACAGUUCUCUUGCACUCUGUGUAACUUCACAACUACCAAGAAAAUAGAGUUUUUUGCUCAUAAAGCUGAACAUGGCAAUGCUGUAGAUCAGGGGAAAGGACAGAAAGACAGAGUAGAACGAAUGACUGCAAACAGCCCACAGAUUGAUGCAGAAUUCUCAAGCUACUAUGGGGAUACAAGUAGCCAUGGUGAUGGUGAAUAUGAUCAGGGUGACCCAACUGACUACCCUGAGGAUAUGGAGCAUAACAGAGCAGCAACCUUCCAAUGUGAGGAGUGUGACUACAGCACAGAUUUUAAGCCCAAUUACGACAGACAUCGAAAUAACCACACUAAUUCUUUUGCCAACAAAUGCAAUUUCUGUUCAUUUUCUAGUGAUAAUGACAGAGCCAUCAUCAAACAUAUGGCCACCAGCCACUCCAGUAUUGAUGAAGACAUCACUGUGGUGAUCCCUCAUGCUCCAGAGGAAGAGGAUGAAGCUGCUGUGGAAAUAGAUACCACACGAGGAACGAUCGAUCAAUCAAACCAUGAUACUAUGGACCAGUCACAGAGUGAUUAUGAUAGGAAUGACAGCUUGGAAACAUCAUCAUCUGCAGGGAUUGAACCAAAAGAACAUAUUGUUGCCAAGUACAGCUACAAACUGCAAGCACCAGAUGGAACCUAUGCCUGUCCCUGGUGUGGCCUUAAAUACAAGAGGUCCUGGGAUCUGGACAGACACAUGAAGCUGAAGCACAACAAGAGGAUGAAGAACCACUUGUUACAGAUGUUACAGGAAGAACAGAAUGACAGCCUAGAGGCCAUGGAGGACAUGUCUUACCAGGAUUCAGAUUCUUCCAACCUGAACAGUAGUGAACUGUCAAACCAGAUGCCUUUCACUGCAGAGGACCUCAAAUGUCAGCAGUGUAGUUUUGUGGGAAAAUGUCCAAGGGAUGUCAAGAAGCAUUCUGUUGUGCACACUAUAGAGAAACGGUACAAAUGUCCUGAAUGUUCCAAGCAGUAUAAAUAUGUUGGAGACCUGAAUGUGCAUUUAAGAAGGGAUCAUAAAUUGGAGCCAUCGAAUGUACCUAUUUUGAGAGUUCCCAUGAUCCCAAACAGGAAAUCUUCUCCUGCCAUGUUUAAAUGCCCUUCGUGUUCAUUUGCAUCUCCGUGGAAAUCAGAAUUGGACCGUCAUUCUAAAAAGCACAAGGACGAUAAACCAUUCUUGUGUAACUACUGCAACUAUCAGUCCCACUGGAAAGGUGACAUUGGAAGACACAUGUUCAAGCAUCAUCCAGCAGUCAUGGCAGAUGGAGCCAAAAUUGAGGAUGUUAUCACCAUCUUGGAUGACAAGUUGAAGGACAAGGAACGACGUUCCAGCCUCGGAGAUGGAGACAGUGAUAGUGGAAAAUUUGCAUACGACAUGUCAGAUGACAAUGAAUCGUAUCUCUCUGAUCCCAGCCUGCAGCAGAGCGAUAUGUAUGGACAUUUGGAUAACGAUAAUGAAGAGAGCAAUUUUAGCUCCAACACCGAAACAUCAUUUGGAAAUAUAGAUGGAACAAGUUCUAGAGGAAACUCAAGGAGUGUGUCUCCAUCUCCCUCCAAGGACGGGGUGUUUAAAUGUGAGUACUGUCCCUUCAUUACGAAUGCUCCCUCUAAGCUGUCGGCUCAUGUGUCCACACACACCAAUCUGAAGCAGUACAUGUGUCCCGUGUGUGGUCGGCGGGCUAACUGGAAGUGGGACAUUCGUAAACACAUCAAGCGAGACCACCCAGACAGUGAUCUGGAUGUUGUGAAGAUGAGUGAGCAGGAAGCGGAGGCCACUAUCAAGUCAUACAUGGACACUAUGCCUGUGGUAAGAAGAGAACACCACCUUAAUUUUGACUCCACAUCUAAGGAGAACAAAAAGAAUUCUGAGGCUUUCAGUCCAAAGUGGAAAGGCUACAAGUGUGGGGCAUGUGGUUUUAAAUCCAGCAUGCGUUGGACGGUCAGCCGACACAUAAGAACUGUCCACAAUGGUAAAGCUAUUGAUAUUAUUUAUCAUGGAGGUGAUGAAGAUAGCAAGAAUAAGUCUGGCAACUCUGCAUCAGCUUCAAAUACACCAGAGAGCAAUAAAACUGAAAAACCUUACAUGUGUGCUGAGUGUGGAAAGAGAUGUGCUUUCAAAGCUGAUGUGAAAAAGCACUAUCAUUACAUUCACCCAUACAUGGAUGUGAAGAUAAUUUUCAUUGAAGGUUCUAGUGGUACAUUGCUUUCCCCUGAUGAAUUGAAACCCAAGUCACAGAACAAAUUGGAGAGACUGUCUAAACUGAAUCCUGCAGAGGCCCAUAAACCCUUCCGCUGUGGAGAGCGCAACUGUGAGAAACGUACUAACAGUCAAGGUGACCUCAAGAGACACUACAGCUUCAUUCAUCCAAAUGCAGAGAUCAAAUUCUACUACAAAAAUGAAACAACUCCUAGAAACAUUGAUGAUCCUUUGAAUGGAAAGCCCAUGCCAACUCCUCCAAACAAACCCCUUGGAUCAGCCAAUCCCAAAGUGUUUGGCUACAUUAAGCCAUUUAAAUGUUCUGCUUGUGGUCAUCGUUCCAACUGGAAGUGGGAUUUAAACAAACACAUGAGGAUGAAACAUCCAAACACUCAUGCUUCAGUGAUAACCAUGGAUGAGGGAGAGGCCAAAGCCACCUACCAUGACUACAUGAGAAAGCUGGCAGCAGCAAACCACUGCUCUCUCAUCAAAUCUGAAGAAAAACGGCCAGCAGUCAUUCCUGAGAGAGAGAAACAAGGAAAGGAAAAGAUACCAUCAAGAAGUGUCUUUAGACAGUUUAAGUGUUCAGCUUGCCCUUACAGAUCUAACUGGAGAAGUGACCUAGCUCGUCACAUCAAGAGAAAACAUGGACCACUCAGAGCCAAGAUUGUUUUGUUGGGAACUGAGGAAGCUAAAAAGUCCCUGACAGAGUAUGAUUAUAAUCCAAGGAAUCGACGAAGAAAAAUAAAAAUGAGAGAAUCUGGAAGGAUUUGGAAAUGUGCAAAGUGUAAAUUUUGCAACAAAGACAAGAUUCUGGUCAUGAAGCAUCUGUCUACUCAUGGUGUGAAGGCAUACAAGUGCAGUGAAUGUGGCUAUGCAACCAAUUACAGAAGCUCAGCUUUCAGACACAUCAAGGCCAAACAUCAUACAGAAAGUAUGUCAAUAUGUAAAGUCUCUAUCAAAUAUAUCAAGGACUUCAAGACGGAAACCAUUUCAAAGAUAGAGGAAGACUUUUCAGAUGAAGUACAAAAUGAGUCUGAUGAAAAUGAAUACAUGUCAGAUGGGCAGAGUGACUCUAUGAGAUAUCUUGAGUCCUUCCGAUGCAAACUUUGUACGUUUCAAGCAAACUGGAGAUCGUCUGUGUGUAGACACAUUCGCCAGACUCACAAGACAAAGGACUAUUCCAACCUUAUAGACAUAGUCCACAAGCAUUAUCAGCCUGAGGAGAAGAAACGAACAAGCUCCACAUCCUCCGACAAAAUGCAACCUCCGAAAGAUGAAUUCAAGCCUCCAGUUGACCCUAAAAAACACAAGUGUACUAUUUGUCCAUACAAGACAAGUAAACAAAACCUGCUUCAUUUCCACAUGAGUUGUCACAAACCUCAGCCAGGUGCCCAGCAGGAGAAGUGUAAAUUCUGUCCAUACUAUGUCGUUGCAAAACGUCUGCUUCACCAGCACAUGCGCCUCCAUCUCCAGGACAUGUACCUCAGACAGAAGGAGGCAGCCUCCAUUAAGUCCACACCCACCAAGAAGAUGUCCAUGUUCCCUCCCCAGUCACCCAGUGGAACACCAAAGAGGUACAAGUGCAACAUAUGUCCCUACACCACAAACAGCAAGAAUGACUUCCUCUAUCACAAGCAGUUUCAUCGCCAGAAGUCCACCUCAGAGUUCAAGUGUGAUUACUGUGACUACUGGGUCACUCAUAGAAGACUGAUCAAUCAGCAUAUGAAGAUGCAUGAGGCAGCAGGCCAUUCCCCUGGUAAUGUCAGCCCUGUGUCCUCUUCUCCAUGUAAAUCUGACAUCACAGAAUCCAGUGCUAUACAAGACACAGUUACAUUAGCCAUGUACAAACAACGUAUGAUUUCUUCCAAAAUAACUCCAAGUAUUUCACAAAAACCAGCCAUGUCACCGAUGAAAAUUGCAUGCUCUGUUGGAAAUAGGCCAGGAUAUGCUCUGAAGAAUGGUGUGUACAGGAAGAUGCAUACUUGUGACAAGUGCCCUUACAUGAAUCUACGUCUUAGAAAUUUGCGCCUUCAUCAGCUUAUGCAUGGGUACAGAAAGUCCAAAAAUCUCCUUCUGAAGUGCCCCCACUGUGAUUAUUAUGUGGGAUCUAAGGGAUUGCUGUCCCAUCAUCUGAAGGUUCACCAGCCUAGCUACAGAGCAGACACUUCUAUGGACCUGUCAGUGGAGAUGGAGAAUGGAGAAGAAAAUACAACCAUGCUGGAGGAGAUGGAUGACACCAGCUCAGAUGUAGGAGAAAUUUCCUAUGAUAAUAAAGUAGACUCUUUGUAUGAAAUCGCCCGCUGGAAAAAGUACAGCUGUGAGAAAUGUCCAUAUGCCAGUGCAAAGAAGUCCCACUAUGAACGUCAUGUUGCCUUGCAUGGCAGUAAGCAGAGGUGCCAGUGUAAAUACUGUGACUACAGUGUACCUUCCAAUAACUUGCUAAACCAGCACCAGAAAUUGCACAUGACUCCAAACCAGAACCUGCUGGCUGUACAAUCCCUCUCCAACCUGCAGAUGCUAUCUGAUGUUCCUGCUGAUGUAGCUUUGUCCAGUGCCUUGCCACCUCUUGACAAGAAAGGAACUUUUUCUGUCAGUGUUACACAUGACCACAUGGACUUGUAUGAAAACUCAUCAGAACUUGAUAUAGAGCCAAAGAAAUUGUAUCGAUGUGACAGGUGCCCCUAUGCUAAUGUCAGAAGAGACCAUCUUCUAGCUCAUUUGAAAUUCCACAUGAUCAAGAGUGAGCUUGCGUGUCCCUAUUGUGAUUACUCAGUAUCAAAGCAGCAUCUCCUGACCCAGCACAUUGGGGUUCACUUCUGUCCUCUACCUGAGCUCUCGAGCUGGCUCGCCCAGAAUGGUGAGAUGGAUCGAGUGAAACAAACAAAGAACCCAGAUCUCUCAGAGGCUCUCUUUGUAGCUGAACUUUACCGAGCUGAUGGAUGUGGCAAAAUAAAUACAGCAGAUACCAGCAAUGAAGACGCUGCUAAAGCUGCUCCAGAGUCAGUAGAGGAAGAGAAAGGGGAGGCUGCAGGUGAAGAGAUAAAGCCAUCCUCCGGUGAAGAAAACUCUGCAGAGGCCAAGGAAGCUACUGAAAGUUGUGCUGACAAGAACAGAGAAGGAGAUAUAGAACCAGAUCAGACUGGUAUCAAAGCAGAAAACAAGUCAACAACUGAAAUGAAAGAGAUUCAACCAGUGAAUGACCAAGGCACAGACAAAUUAGAAAAUAAAGCAGAAGAGAACCAGACUGAUGGUGAAAUUCAUCAGAAACCUGAUAAUGAUAAUGCCAAUCAGCAAAAUAACCAGACUAAUUUAGAGAAGACAGAAGAAAAAGACGGUGAAGUGAAACAGGAGGGCAAUGAGACUGAAGCAGGACACAGCGUGACAGAACCAGAUAGCAAUGAAUACAUCUGCCAGUACUGUGAGAGGGAAUUCUCGGCCUCAGAUAUUCUUGUCAAACAUGAAAUGCAGCACUUGGUUGGAAACAACUAUGAGGAGUACCUGUCCCAAGUCCAGUUGCUGGCUGAACUGAGUGAAGAGGAAGAAGAUCUUCUUGGUGAGGAGAUUUCUGAUGUAGAGAUGGAAGAAGAUGAGCCAGAAGUGGAGGAAGAAGCUGAGAAAGUGGUGGAUGAUGUUAAGGGUGAGGGAGUGGAUGAUGGACAGGGUGAUGUGGAUGAUGGACACGAAGAGGUGGAUGAGGAGGUCUCCUUCAAGAAAGAUUCCACCUUGGAUAGUACGGAGGACCUGAUAGAAGGUGUGGAUAUGGAGGUGGAGGAAGGUGAAAAGAUGGAGGAAAAUAUGGUCCAUGAAGACACAACGGAAGUAAACACAGAACAAAGUGGUUAGAAAAUUGGCACAACUGGGACUCUGGAGUGUGAACUAAGCUCUUAUAUCGAACAAAUUACUGGGACUCUGGAGUGUGAACUAAGCUCUUAUAUCGAACAAAUUACUGGGACUCUGGAGUGUGAACUAAGCUCUUAUAUCGAACAAAUUACUGAAGCUGUUAUCAGUGAAACUAUUUAUGACACAAAUAUCAUGUGUACUUGAUUAUUGUGAAAAUUGGUAUUGUAUUACAAUCAAAAUUGUAGCUUACAUUGCAUAGAUUUAUACUUGGAGACUUGCUAUCAUGAUAUGAAUUUUAGCAUUUGAUAAGUGAUAGCAAAGACUUUUCGAUGUUGUUGUGUAUCACUUAGUGAGAUUUCAUUUUUAUGAAUUUUCUCUCUUCACAGUUCUCAUUCGAUUGGUAACAACUGCCCCCCCCCCCCUUUUACUUCUGAAGUCAAGAAGAGAAUUAUUAUGGUAAACCUUGUGCAGAUGUGUUAAGUUUUUUUUUUAUUGACCUUAAAGUAUAAGUUACAGUUGUAACGAUAAUGUUCUUUGUAAAGAUUUUUUGUGAAAGGGAGGAGUGACUGUAGUAUCUAUGGCAGGUUUUUCCAUUUUCCAAAGCUGAAAUAACCUUUAUCAUCAUUAUGCAUUGCAGUUUUUCGGGAAAAAGAACUGUAUCUCUAAAAGGUUGAACAUCCCUGUAAAACCUGUGAUGGAAUUUAUACAUGUAUAUUUUUUAUACCAAAAUUUAUACUCCACUUAUAGUUCUUUUUCUUGUAUACAACGCUAUUUAUUUUAAAUGAAGUGAAUUUGUUGCCUGUACAUUCUUUUCCAAAUAUAAUGGAAAAAAAGAAGAGUGUUUUUGACAUAUUCGAAGCAUACAAAAGUGCAAGUAUGUUUAUAUUUAAACCAUAAGUAAUAAAGGGUUAAAAUUUC